ACUUCCAGUGCGGGCUGCGCUGCUGUCACAUCCGCCCCUGGCCGCUCCGAGCGAGGGGAGGAGACACGGGCUGCACCGGCCGAGGAGCCUGGAGCGACCGGGAGCAGCGCGGCGCGCCGGGCCCAGCCUGGAGGGGCCCCCGGGGGGGAUGCGGGAGGCCGCGCCCGGCUCCAGCGGCUCAGCGCGGUACCGGUUCGGAGCGGGCAGCAGCGGCCCGGGUCGCAGUGGGGCCCGGUACCGGCUCGGAUCCCGGCUGCUCCCCGCUCCGGAGAUUGCAGCGGAUAAAGGACCGAGGUGCCCUGCCUAGGAGCCCCCAGCCCGUCCCGCUGCCGAUCCCCUGCAGCCCCCAGCCCGAUCCCCUGCCGAUCCCCUGCAGCCCCCAGCCCGAUCCCCUGCAGCCCCCAGCCCGUCCCGCUGCCGAUCCCCUGCAGCCCCCAGCCCGAUCCCCUGCAGCCCCCAGCCUGUCCCGCUGCCGAUCCCCUGCAGCCCCCAGCCUGUCCCGCUGCAGCCCCCAGCCCAUCUGGGAGCUGAUUCAAUCUCCCCCGUACCGCCUCCCCCAGCUGCGAUCACCUCUCCCCCCCACCCCAGUCCCAUUAGCAGCUGAUUUCCCUCCUCGCCCCUUCUUUCCCUCUGCCCCCCGGGCUGCUGGUGUCUUCCUCCCUCGGCUCCUUCAAUAUCUCCAGCUCCGGACUCGCCCUGCUCAGCAGAGCCCGAGGCGCCUGCAGAAUGUGGGGUCCUAGGGCGUUGCCGACACGUGUGGACGGAAAGAGGGUGGCCGACCCUACCUCGACUGGCACCGCCGUGCGCAGGAGAUGCCUGACCCGUUGGUUCUGACGGCCGCCGUGGCGAGGGGAGGCUGAGGAGACGGGUUGUUAUCAGGCCAGAUCUGCUGAUUUUUAAAAAAAAAACCUUUUGAUUUUGUUCGUUAAAUUGAAAAAUAAACUGAACUCCGCGCUCGGUGCUGCCGUCGCCGCCAUGAACGGACUGUCAGUGAGUGAGUUGUGCUGCCUCUUCUGCUGCCCGCCCUGCCCCAGCCGGAUAGCAGCCAAGCUGGCCUUCCUCCCCCCGGAGCCUACUUACGCCGUCGUCCCCGAGCCGGAGCCUGUGGGUAGCACCAGCUCCCUGAGAGGAGGCACCGCGGGGCGAUGGAAGCUGCAUUUGACGGACCGGGCGGAUUUCCAGUACGCCCAGCGGGAGCUGGACACCAUCGAGGUGUUUCCAACCAAGAGUGGCCGGGGGAACCGGGUCGGCUGCAUGUAUAUCCGGUGUGUGCCCGGCGCCAGGUUCACGGUGCUCUUCUCCCAUGGCAACGCUGUGGACCUGGGCCAGAUGAGCAGCUUCUACAUCGGCCUGGGCACCCGCAUCAAUUGCAACAUCUUCUCCUACGACUACUCGGGCUACGGCGUGAGCACAGGGAAGCCCUCGGAGAAGAAUCUCUACGCCGACAUUGACGCGGCCUGGCAGGCCCUGAGAACGAGGUACGGGAUCAGCCCGGAGAACAUCAUCCUGUACGGGCAGAGCAUCGGCACGGUGCCCACCGUGGACCUGGCCUCCCGCUACGAGUGCGCCGCCGUGGUGCUUCACUCGCCCCUCACCUCGGGCAUGAGGGUCGCCUUCCCCGACACUAAGAAGACGUACUGCUUCGACGCCUUCCCCAACAUCGAGAAGGUGUCCAAGAUCACUUCGCCCGUCCUCAUCAUCCACGGCACCGAAGACGAGGUCAUCGACUUCUCGCACGGCCUGGCGCUGUACGAGCGCUGCCCCAAGGCCGUGGAGCCCCUGUGGGUGGAGGGGGCGGGUCACAAUGACAUUGAACUGUACAGCCAGUACCUCGAGCGCCUGCGGAAGUUCAUCUCCCAGGAGCUGGCCAGCCAACGCAACUGAGCCCCAGCCGCCACCCCUGACUCUGACCCGGAGGAGGGAUCAGGCCAUGAUGCCCCCAUGGAGGUGUAACAAACUUGGGUGGCCUCAGCUCCAGCCCACACUGAGAUUGGUGAGCUGAUGGGAUGUGGCCAGUCCUCAAAUGUACAUUGUGUUUCCAGGCACGGGGCUCCCGGCUCGGCCCACCCUCCGCCUCCCAGCCAGACACUACAGACGGGACAUGCUGGGUGGAUCCCAGGUCAGCCUGGGCAGCCCCAGCUAAUGGACUCCCCGUGCAGUGGGGAAAAGACCGGCUCCACCUUCCCGACUCCUGCUCCGAGUGCUGAGGUCACUUUCGAUCCGUCUCCGGAGCUUGCUGUGGGUUCUGUCCCCCCAUCCCACUGCAAACAGCUCGGGAGCUCUCUUAGUUCUUUUCCCAUCAUGCAGCAGUUCUGACGCUAGCAAUGAGAUGUCUUGGAGUCCUGGCCUGGCCACAGAUUUGGGGAGGUUAAUUAUCCCUGCAGAGCCCCAGGCCUUUUCCGAUCUGAGAUCUGAUCACUGCAUGAUACACCCCCCACAUCCUCCUUCUGCCUUACCCAGUUCAGUAGCAUCAGAAUGGAGAAGCAGGGCUCUCUUCUCUUAGAUCUAACACCAGUGAGGACCGGGAGGGCAGGUGUGGAGGGGACCGAGUGGCGUUUGAUCUCCCUGCUGGGAAGGAAUGGCCCCGACAUGCAGCCCCUGCUCUCUGAAAGGGGUCGGGCAAGCGUGGCUAGGAGACGUGCGCUGUCCCCGAUCGCCGGCAUCCGUCCUGUUUUCUCUUUCCGCAAGACUCCCCCUGUAUUUGGGGCACCCCCUUUCUUUACUCCCGAUAUCUACAGACAGAUCCCUCGCGUCACGCUGGAAGGAGGGAAAAGAAGAAUAAAGAUUUAAGAUGUAAAAUU